CUGCGCGACUUCUAUAGUGCGACGCGACAUCCAUCCUCGCAAAUGCACCAUUAAUAAAGCUUCAAAAAUCCACCAACAACUCACUCUACUUACCAUCGCCAUAAUAAUGUGCUGACCUUUCCUAGUCCAAAUUUAGACGAGGUAAAAUAAAUGUCUACAAAUCAAAAAGCUGCUGCUGCUGCUCAAGCACCUUCAACUAGAACUUUGGUUGUUGACAAUGGAGCUUACACCAUCAAGGCCGGAUUCUCCUCUCCAGAAUCCACAGACUCGCCGCGAAUUAUACCUAACUGUAUCGCCCGCGACCGCGAAAAAAAGAUUUACAUUGGAUCGCAGUUGGAUAAUUGUAAGGAUUUUGGAGACAUCGUUUUUCGUAGACCUGUUGAAAAAGGGUAUUUGGUGAACUGGGAAGCAGAAAAAGAAAUAUGGGAGCACGAAUUCUUUGACAAAAAAGCGCCUCUGCAUUGCGAUCCACGAGAGACAGGACUAAUAUUGACAGAGGCUCCUAAUGCGCUACCGGCUCUGCAGACAAACUGUGAUCAAAUGGUGUUUGAGGAAUUUGGUUUUGCUAGCUACUAUCGAUGCCCCGGUAUGUAAUAAUAUGCUUUGUCUACGGAUUCACAUUAAUGAAUAUCCAGGUCCCAUUCUUAAUGCGUAUAAUGAUAUUCAAGGAAUAUUCAAAGGGCCAGCUCGAGAUCCAUCACAACCCCUCCUACCUGCCGAAAUAAUUCUUCUCAUCGAUGCUGGAUAUUCUCACACGACCAUCACGCCUGUUCUACAGGGACGUCCUCUACAAUCAGCGAUCCGGAGAUUAGACGUGGGAGGCAAGCUUAUGACAAAUUACUUGACGCGGUUGAUAUCUCUCCGGCAGUAUGACAUGCGUAAUGAUACCUAUUUGGUCAACGAAAUCAAGGAAGCAUGCUGUUAUGUCUCGAGGGACUUCAAUGGCGAUAUGGAGAAAACAUGGAAAGGAACCAGAGGAGAUCGAAGAGAAAUUUUUGAGACGGGUGGUGGAAUAGCAAAAGAUUACGUUCUCCCUGAUUAUCAUAACCGAUCUCAAGGUUUCGUGCGAGACCAUGACCCGUUACAAGCAGGAAAAUUAAAGCAGUUGACGAAAGGGAAAAUGGCGGAAGCUGCGGAAGAUAUUUUGACUUUGAGAAACGAACGAUUCACGGUUCCGGAAUUACUUUUUAAUCCUUCGGAUAUUGGUAUGCGACAAUCAGGUAUAGCUCAAUUAGUCAUGGAAAGUCUUUCUUCCUUACCAAUGGGUCUAUGGCCAGCUCUCCUCGCAAAUAUAAUUGUCGUAGGGGGUAGUUCAAAGAUAGAAGGAUUCAUUUUGAGGCUUCAGCUUGAGAUCAAGGCACUUGCACCAGCAGAAUGUUACGUUCGUUGUGCGAGACCAGAACAUCCGAUUAUCAGCACUUGGAAUGGUGGGGCAGAAUUGGCGAAACAUCCCGAUGUUUUGAAGAAGUUAUCAGUAACGAAGCAAGAGUAUGACGAAUAUGGAAGUGCUUGGGUUGCAAAGAAGUUUGGAGGCAAAUAAAGAGCAUGUGUGGAUUCAUGACAUUUCGAAUGCACAACUUCAAGCAUUAUUUCCUCGCUUGGUCAACCUUGACAGCUAGUGUUAGACUCUGCGUGGUUACUACGGAUAUAUUGCACCAAGACAAGUAGGGACGAUGUUGAAAUACUUGCACGGUUGUUAUAUCAUGUCACUACAUAGUUUCCUCCAAACAAUAAUCCACAACCCUAGAUUAUGUUGUCUUUCCCAAUCACCAAACGACAACGACGCCAUGUUGUGUUGUACAUCCAAUCAUCAAACGCCACUACAACAUAACACUGAUAAGACACCUACUGUGAAUCACUAGCAAGUUCACUGAGCCGCUAGAGGGUCAAUGACUUACAGUUGGAGGAGCGCUAGAUCCGGUUAUCACAUUUUUCCUCUGCAAGCUGCCAGGCACGCUGCAGAUCCAAUUAUACUGCCAGUGCCUACUUCUGGUAUGGGAGGCAG